AUGGAGUUAGGUGACCCAGGAACAGCAUCUGAAACUUCAGGACAGCAAGUGAAAGAUGAACUGUCUGAUAAGUGUCAAAAACUCUUCUUGGAGUUUUUAGAGGAAUGCAAAGGUAAAGAUGGAGGAAACCUGUAUGUAUCUGCAGCUGAGGAGUUAAUUCGACCAGAAAGGAACACAUUGGUGGUAAAUUUUACAGACAUUGAAUAUUACAACCAGCAGCUUGCUACCACAAUCCAAGAGGAAUAUUAUAGAGUAUAUCCCCAUCUGUGCCGAGCUGUUAGAAACUUUGUCAGACAGAUUGGGAACGUACCACUCAAUAAAGAGUUCUAUGUUGCAUUUUCAGACUUUCCUGCAAGACAGAAGAUACGAGAACUUGGUUCUUUAAAAAUUGGAACUUUGCUUCGUAUUAGUGGUCAAGUUGUGAGGACUCAUCCAGUUCACCCGGAACUUGUCAGUGGCACAUUUCUAUGUAUGGAUUGCCAAUCUGUAGUAAAAGAUGUGGAACAGCAGUUUAAAUAUACUCAGCCAACUAUAUGUAAAAAUCCAGUUUGUGCCAACCGCCGUAGGUUUACGCUGGAUGCAAAUAAGUCACGAUUUGUUGACUUCCAGAAGGUGAGAAUUCAAGAAACGCAAGCAGAGUUACCUCGUGGUGCUAUUCCACGCAGCGUUGAAGUUAUACUUCGUGCAGAAGCCGUUGAAUCUGCAAUGGCGGGAGAUCGCUGUGAUUUUACAGGCACAUUGAUUGUUGUACCUGAUGUUGCUGCGCUAUCAGUAGGAGAUGCACGAAUGGAGACUGGAGCCAAAGUAACAGGUGGUGAAGGGUUUAAUGCUGAAGGAGUUCAGGGACUAAAAGCCUUGGGAGUCAGAGACUUAUCUUAUAGACUGGCCUUUUUAGCUUGUUAUGUGGGCGCUACAAACCCACGGUUUGGGGGUAAAGAUUUGAGGGAUGAAGAUCAAACUGCAGAAAGUAUAAAAAAUCAAAUGACUGUUCAAGAAUGGGAAAAAGUAUUUGAGAUGAGUCAAGACAAAACUUUGUACCAUAAUUUAUGCACAAGUCUGUUUCCCACAAUACAUGGAAAUGAUGAAAUAAAGAGAGGUGUACUUUUAAUGUUAUUUGGAGGUGUACCUAAAAAAACUAUGGAAGGUACUUCUCUGAGGGGCGACAUUAAUGUGUGCAUUGUUGGAGAUCCAAGUACAUCUAAGAGCCAAUUUCUAAAGCAUGUGGAAGAGUUUAGUCCACGAGCAGUGUACACCAGUGGGAAAGCUAGCAGUGCUGCUGGUCUGACUGCUGCUGUUAUAAAGGAUGAAGAAUCUCAUGAAUUUGUCAUUGAAGCUGGAGCAUUGAUGCUUGCAGAUAAUGGUGUUUGUUGCAUUGAUGAGUUUGACAAAAUGGAUCUGAAGGAUCAGGUAGCUAUACAUGAAGCUAUGGAGCAACAGACCAUAUCAAUCACAAAAGCUGGGGUGAAGGCCACAUUAAAUGCUCGUACAUCCAUCUUGGCAGCAGCAAAUCCUGUUGGUGGAAGAUAUGAACGAUCAAAGUCACUGAAGCACAAUGUAAAUCUUUCAGCUCCAAUAAUGUCCAGAUUUGACCUUUUCUUUAUUCUAGUGGAUGAAUGCAAUGAGGUAACAGACUAUGCUAUAGCACGAAGGAUUGUUGAUUUACAUGCAAGAAAUGAGGAGUCUAUAGAGAGAGUGUAUUCAAUUGAAGACGUUCAGAGGUAUUUGCUGUUUGCCCGUCAAUUCCAGCCAAAAAUCAUAAAGGAAGCAGAAGAGUUCAUUGUGGAACAAUACCGCCGCCUUAGACAGCGUGAUUGUAGUGGAGUGACAAAAUCUGCAUGGAGAAUUACAGUCAGACAGCUUGAAAGUUUGAUCAGAUUGUCUGAAAGCAUGGCUCGCAUGCACUGCUCAGAUGAGGUUCACCCAAAGCAUGUGAAAGAAGCCUUCAGGCUGCUGAGCAAAUCAAUAAUCCGUGUGGAUACACCUGAUGUUAGCUUCAAUCCAGGUGAAGAUGAGAAGAACAUCGAAGGGGAGGAAGACAACUCCACCGUCAAUAACAAAGAAGAAGCUAUGGAAACAAACCAACCUGAAGAAACCAAAGAGAAAUCAGAUCAAAGUGUUCAAUUUAAAAUGUCUUUUACAGAGUAUAAACAAAUCUCUAACUUGCUUGUUUUCUACAUGCAAAAGAUGGAAGAGUCUGAAGAAGACUGCCAUCUGACAAAAAGUGACCUGGUUAAUUGGUACCUAAAGGAAAUUGAAAGUGACAUCGAAACUGAAACAGAACUAAUACUGCGAAAACGUUUAAUCGAAAAAGUAAUUUACAGGCUAAUUAAUUAUGAUCAUAUUUUAAUAGAACUCAGUAAAUGUGAUUUAAAAUCGAUAGAUGAAAAAGCUGAUAUGGAUGAAGCUUCGAAGGAAAAUUCAAUUUUGGUGGUCAACCCAAAUUAUGUUUUAGAAGACUAA